AUGGUAAAAGAAAUUAAGGUGGCAGUCGCCCAAUACAGAGCUACCGCUCCAUAUACAUUAGCUAUAGUUGAAGCUAUCGCUGAGGGCUGGCUCAUACCGUCUGAUGGAAACCAAGGAACCAUCCAACCCUUUAUUAUAGAAGGUCUCCCCAUAAACCUUAAGGGUAGAGAUUUGUUAUCACAAAUGAGCCUCAUCAUACUCAGCUCUUCUGAUACAGUUACUGUGCAAAUGUUAACACAGGGUUAUACACCAGGAAAAGGCUUAGGGAAAAAUGAAUCAGCCAUCCCUUGCAAAGCAUUCUUCGGAUUCAGUGGAGAGUCUGGGCCAAUGAUCUACUGGAUGAAAGGGGAAAAGUUUAUUGAAGAACUGGCAGGUCACAUUCGAGAAGAUGAAAUAAGGCUUCUCAAAGAGCAUCUUGGAGAAAAAGAAGUUGAGUUGGCACUCAUCUUUGAUUCAGUGGUGGAGGCUGACCUGGCAAAUUAUACCUGCCAUGUAGAAAACCGAAAUGGAAGAAAACAUGCCAGUGUUCUACUGCGUAAAAAGGACUUAAUCUACAAAAUUGAGCUUGCAGGAGGACUGGGAGCAAUCUUUCUCCUUCUUAUACUGCUGGUGGUCAUCUACAAAUGCUACAAUAUUGAAUUAAUGCUUUUCUAUCGGCAGCGUUUUGGAGGUGAUGAAACUACUGAUGAUAACAAGGAAUAUGAUGCCUAUCUUUCUUACACGAAAGUGGAUCAAGAUGCUUUAGACUGUGACAAUCCAGAAGAAGAGCAGUUUGCUCUUGAAAUACUGCCAGAUGUCCUGGAAAAACACUAUGGAUAUAAACUCUUCAUCCCAGAAAGGGACCUGAUUCCAAGUGGAACAUACAUUGAAGAUCUCACAAGAUGUGUUGAGCAAAGCAGAAGACUUAUUAUCGUGCUAACUCCAGACUAUAUUCUCAGACGGGGAUGGAGUAUUUUCGAACUGGAAAGCAGACUCCAUAACAUGCUAGUCAGUGGAGAAAUCAAAGUGAUUUUGAUUGAGUGUACAGAAUUAAAAGGGAAGGUAAAUUGCCAGGAAGUGGAAUCACUAAAGCGCAGCAUCAAACUUCUGUCCCUGAUCAAGUGGAAGGGACCCAAAAGCAGCAAAUUGAAUUCUAAGUUUUGGAAGCAUUUAGUAUAUGAAAUGCCCAUCAAGAAAAAAGAAAUGCUAUCUCGGUGCCAUGUUCUGGACUCUGCAGAACAAGGACUCUUUGGAGAACUGCAGCCUAUACCCUCUAUUGCCAUGACAAGUACUUCGGCCACUCUGGUGUCAUCUCAAGCUGAUCUUCCUGAUUUCCACCAUUCAGAUUCAAUGCAGAUGAGGCACUGUUGCAGAAGUUAUAAACACGAGAUGCCAACCACCACCUUGCCAGUACCUUCUUUAGGCAACCACCAUACUUACUGUAACCUGCCUCUGACACUACUCAAUGGACAGCUACCCCUUAAUAAUACCCUGAAAGAUACCCAGGAAUUUCAUAGGAACAAUUCCCUGCUGCCUUUAUCAUCCAAAGAGCUUAGCUUUACCAGUGAUAUUUGGUAGUGAAAAAUAUGAAUUCCUCUGAAUAGUUAUAUGAGCAUACAGAAUUUUUAUGCUAUACCAAGCAUAAAGUACACCUAAUAGCAUUGAGGUGCUGAAAAUGUGUUUGAAGGGAAAAGGCACACAAACUGCUUUUGUACUUAAAUGUUUUUGUUUACAUUUCCAGAAUAGUG